CUUUGACCGCCAGCUUAUUCUCUCUUGUCGCCUGCCGCUGUGUCAAGCGCGCUCUAUACCAUGCCUUCUGUUCGUGUCAGGCGAAGCCAGUAUGCGUCGUUGAAUGACAGGCCUGCUUACGACGAGCAGCGCACCCUGACCAACAUUUUCAGACGUCCCACCUCGGAGCCUGCCAGUGAUAUACCAGAGCCUGCGACGUCGCCGCCUGCCUCACCAGUGAUAACGCCGCCCUCACAAACAUCCUCGCCAUUGCUCACGAAUUCACCCACGGCCCUGACACCAGCUAUUACUGUUGACCAGCCGAUAGCGCCACUGCGGAGGGGCAGACCACGAGCAGGCAGCAGGGUGCAGGACCUCCUCUUAUCCCAGUCGCUACGGCUGUCAUCUCUACCGCUUCGUAGCCAAGGGAGUGGGAGCCCUCUGCGCGAUCAGACUAGCGCAAGUUCUCUUGAUGGUUCACAUCGGACGACAUCGCCCAUUCAUUUCAGUGCCAUUGACGGUGUCCUGACCAUUGAGGGCCACAAUGCGGACAUCCAGGUUCGCUCGGGCGAUGGAGAACCAGGUCUUGUUGGGAGCGCUUUGAGUCUUCCCCGCUCCGACGACGCCAACGCCAGCUACCAAUCCUACACUUCAAUAGAUGAUCACCACCAUGAUGAUAUCGUUGAGCAUUUGGAUGUUAUCGACCCUCAAGUCGCUACCGUGUCAAAUCUGACGAACGCCGCCAAUUCCAUUUUAAUACCCCCAUUUUCAUGGUAUUCUAGAAAGCCUGUUGUUGUUCUUGAUCCGCCUCUAGCAGAGGAGGCCGAUAAGGAGAAAGGACAGCACAAAUUCGACGACGAGUUGGAUAGACAUGUCGAUGAUGUGCUACGUCGACCUUCAAAAAUUAGACGUUCUCUUAAAGGUGUUUGGUCAUUUUUAAAGACUCCUAUGGGUAUCGUCGCGGGCAUAUACGGUUUUUGUGUCGUAUUCUGGGGCGCCGCUAUCGUUUUAUUUCUCACAAAAAUCAUUAAUCUACACAAUGCCGACCGUCAAGGGUUUUGGGUAGAAGUCAGUUCUCAAGUUACAAAUGGUCUUUUCACUAUCACCGGUAUCGGCCUCAUUCCCUCGCGAGUCCUUGACACAUAUCGAGUAUAUAAAAUAUGGCAUUACAAACGCCAGUCACGAAACCUCCGUCGGAAAGCAGAUCUCCCACCAUUAUUUGACGAAGAUGAUUUACCUGAUCCUGCCUACGAUCCGAAUUAUGUCCAUGUUCUAACGGAAAAAGAGCAAAAUGAUUUGCAUCGACAACAACUGAAAUUUCAGCAUCAUCAGACGUGGUACAGGCCUCAUGGAACUGCAACACAUCGAGCUUUCCCGAUCAACACUGCUCUUGUGAUUUGCUUGUUUAAUGACGGCAACUCUUUUUUCCAGAUUAUACUCUGUGGUUGUAUGUGGGGGCUUAAUCGGUUUCAGCGCCCAGCGUGGACAACGGGUUCGCUUAUUCCAGCUAGUUUCUUGUGCGGUAUCUUCUCGGCUGUCUUCAUCGCCCGGGGUAGUGCAAAAACGAAACGAAAGCGCGAGGUGGAGGACAGGCUCCGGGCCGCACUGGCAAUGCAAGAUCACGAGGAUGAUCUUCCCCAAGCAGAGGCUACGCGAAGCAGCCAACCAGAUUCAGUACAUUCGUUCUCCGUCUCUGUCUCCACGGAGAAAGACCCCCACAGCCCAUGGAGCCCGUCAUCACCACCGGAAGUCAUCAUUGAGGAGGAAAUGACAAUCUCAGCUGCGGCUGCGGCUGCAGAGAAAAGAAAGAACAGUUUGAGGGCAUCGUAAAUUUAUGAGUGAAUGAGUUAUUCCGCUACUUUAGUUUGACGAUACAUGUUGUAACACGGCUAAUUUUUUAAUAUCGGACGACUUUAUUUUUACAUAUCUUUUUUAGCUCGGG